AUGGAAGAGCCUGUCCUACUCAAUCAAACUACUUUGGUGACAUAUUUUCGGCUUAGAGGUUUAUCUAUAAACCAGAAGGUGCAGAUGGCUACAUUUGCCAUGUUCCUCAUUUUCUACGUUCUGACACUGACUGGAAACAUCCUCAUUGUCAUAACUAUUAUCUAUGAACGUCGGCUCCACACCCCCAUGUAUUUCUUCCUCAGCAACCUGUCCUUUAUUGAUGUCUGCCACUCCACCGUCACUGUCCCCAAGAUGCUGGGAGACACCUGGUCAGAGGAGAAGUUCAUCUCCUUUGAUGCCUGUGUAACUCAGAUGUUCUUCCUGCAUCUCUUUGCCUGCACAGAGACCUUUCUCCUCACUGUCAUGGCCUAUGAUCGGUAUGUGGCCAUUUGCAAACCCCUGCAGUAUAUGACAGUGAUGAACUGGAAAGUAUGUGUGCUGCUGGCUGUUGCCCUCUGGACAGGGGGAACAAUCCACUCCAUAGCCCUGACCUCCCUCACCAUCAAGCUGCCUUACUGUGGCGCUGAUGAGAUUGACAGCUUCUUCUGUGAUGUACCUCAGGUGAUCAAACUGGCCUGCACUGAUACCUACAUCAUUGAGAUCCUCAUUGUCUCCAACAGUGGGCUGAUCUCCAUGGUCUGUUUUAUGGUCCUCGUGGUGUCCUACGCAGUCAUCCUGGUAAGUCUGAGGCAGCAGAUCUCAGAAGGCAGGCGGAAAGCCCUGUCCACCUGUGCAGCCCAUCUUACCGUAGUCAUACUGUUUCUAGGUCACUGCAUUUUCAUCUAUUCCCAUCCAUCAACCAGCCUCCCAGAGGACAAGGUGGUGUCUGUGUUUUUCACUGCUGUCACACCCCUGCUGAACCCCAUCAUCUAUACCCUUAGGAAUGAAGACAUGAAGAAUGCCCUGAACAAAUUAAUGGGGAUGAUGGAGAGGAGAGAAAAAAAAUAAAAAUAUCCAACCCUUAAGAUGCUUGGUGCUCCAAAUCAAAGAAAUGCCUUGCAAAGAAUAAAUGACAUGCCACAUUUAUCAAACUAUAUAACUUAU